AUGCAGUCUCCUGAACAUGGACCGUCGACCCCCGACCCUUUACAUACCGUGCCUGCGGCAUCACCCACCAUAAGCUUGGCUAAAAGGCGGCAGAACGUCGACGACAUCAUGCCCCUGUCAGGUUCCGAGGCCGACCCGCGCCGCUCCGUCAGCGGCAGGCGCGCGAACCCCUCGGUCGCUUCGCUGUAUGCCUCCACACUUACCCCUCCUGGAUCACGCUCGGCUUCGCCUGCAGGCCGCAGCUCUCCCGGUCGUCCGACCUCCAUGCCCGCUACGGGCGGCUUGUUUGCAAAGUCGUUGGUGGAUUCGCCAAGUGCAGAAAACCCGGGGGAUCCGCUCAAUCUGUUGCUCCGGGCUUUCGUUCCACAUGUUGCCGUCUGCGCAUCGACCGAUACCGAAGAGUUAAUCCGGGACAAGGGGUUCGACCGAGGAUUCUGGGAGCUUCUGCGACCGUUCGGCGAGCAGGUGCAAGGCAAGGUCACUGUUAGGGAUAGUAUCGGCGGCUCCAGGGCAUGGAGCGAUUGUUCCAUACGGUUUGUCAGACUCGGUGAGGACGUAUCGCAAGCUGAUACCCCCCUAAGUGUGUCGAGGCUGCCGGGAGAUCAGGGGGGAUCUAAUGGCUCACCUGCCGCUUCCGAGACCCCCGGUAGCAUUUCCAGCCGCGAAGCAAAAAGGCUUUCUGAGGUUGAGGCUGUGGUAGAUCGGCAUUUGAGAUUCGCCGAGAACUCUUUCCUCGGCCUAGGACAACCCAACACGCCGACAAAGCAAGAGAUGGACAUCGAUGCUGCUUCGCCAUACUACUCUCUCUAUUUACGGCGACUGCUGUCAGGGAUGCCAGUAGAGCGGCACGAGACUUUCGGUCAUCCCGUAGCUUGCGUCAUAGCUAUUAGCUCACGCAACCCUUCCCCGAUAGAGGCGCUGCGAGCUCUCUACAAGGAAACGAGUGAGGGCAGGAGCAAGGUCCCUGACUGGGUGUCUCCAAACUAUCUGCGCUACUACGUUCUGGUGCAUGACGAAGACAAUGGCGACAUUUCCCAGUCCAUGGCCUUGUUCGAGCAGAUGAAGCGCAAUUUUGGUCUGCACUGCCACCUACUUCGCAUCCGCGGGGCUCAAAGUGCCGAGACGGAUGACGACAGCAUAGCUCUCCCUCGCAGCGAGUGGUUGGCACCGGGCGAAGAGCUUGCGGAGUUGCAGCGGAGCGAGGCAGACGAAGACUAUGAGAGCCACAUUAAAUACAUCUUCGAGACCGACGCGACUGCCAUCAAGACGUUUGUGAGGGAAAUGGUUAUUCAGUCCAUAAUACCUACUAUGGAAAGAAACGUCUCGUUGUGGAACGACCAGGUCGCCUCGAAGCGAAAAGGCAUUGGUGGUCGGUUCAUGAGCAUGUCAAAACGCUGGACGGGCUUUGGCGGUGGUUCGAAAAGCGCUCCCAGCGGCUCAAAUUACAGCGGAGGCUUUUACCACCCAGACACGCCCGAGGCAACGCUACGUAGACUGGCAGACUACGCCUUCAUGCUACGUGACUGGAAGCUGGCGCAGUCUACAUAUGGCUUGCUCAAGACUGAUUUUGAGGGUGACCAUGCCUGGAGGCACCAUGCAGCAGCCAACGAAAUGGGCGCAUUAGCACUUCUCAUAAUGGCACAGACCAAAGCUCACACCCCGACAAAAAUCCUCGAUUCCGCAGGAGACAUGCUCGGGGACGCGACGUAUUCGUAUCUGACCCGCUGCGGUGCCCCGUACGGUGCCCUGCGCUGUACAGCACUCGGCAUGGAGAUGCUUCGACUGCGGGGCGGGGCAGCGAUCGACGUGGCGACCAGGCUGGGACUGAGGCUCAUGGAAAAGACGCCACGGCUACUAGGAGUGGUGGGGGAUGCUCUCUUCCGGGAGCGUCAGGCAGUUCUCUGUGCAACGAGGCCAGGGCUUGGUGUCAUGGGAAUAGGCACCUGGCGACGCAGGUCGGCGCUGUGGAGUGUUCUCGCGGCCGAGACGUGGCUGGCGCAGAGCAAGUUCAUUCAGGCUCAGCGGUGUCUGAACGAAGCACGGGUUAUGUACUCAAUGCUGCAAAGUGAUGACGGAAUUGCACGAUUUUCUUCAGCAAGCGAGUUCAUGGCAGAGCUGAACCACCGGCUCAAGGAGGGCCUCGCGGCGGCGUCUGCUACCGGUCAAGGCGGCCAGGAUGAAAAACCAGGCAUGGGUGAUGAUGUGGAAGCCUCGGGGGUUGCGGCAGAUUCGGACGAGGUCGAGGUCCUCGCAGCCGAUGAGAAUGAAGUAUCCAAUCGGAGGAGAUCACGGCGUCAAAGCUUGAUAGCCGGAUCAGGAGGAUCGGCUGGACAGCCGAUUGAGACGGCGCCUUUGAGAGCGCUGUCUUCUGUAGAUGAUGAAGGAAACGAUGGGAACUCUCCCAAAGGCGACUUUGGCUAA